GACAGACCACCCAUACCAACCCACUCACGAGCAACGACACCAGCAGAUAUCAGCCCAGGGAAGUGCGCAUCUUCUACUUCCCGCGCGAAUUCUCAUCCAGUGGGACACCUGCAUUGUCGCUUCGAUCUCGCGUCCCCUAUCUCCGUGUUGGACCUCGGCCGACACGACUUCCACAAUGUCCUCCUCUUCCGGCACAUCCGGCAGGCAGCCGCCCUCGUCGAGGAUCGCACCACCCACAGCUGCUCCCGUUGCACGACGUACAGCUGCUACUGCUUCUUCUUCCGGCGUACCUACUUCUUCCAGAGGGCUCACCAUUCCGGGUGGCCCCGCACCUGCUCGGAAGCCAAUGGCUGUAGCGACCACGAAUCGCGCAGCCGGCGUAGCUACUAGGACAGCGUCUUCCGCUGCCGGUGGACUACGCAAGCCUACCACGGCGACAACAGGUGCUACUGCAGCAGGAGUCAGGAGGGUGGGAAGCGCGUCAACAAGACCGGUGCACGGAGUCAAGAGGCCCUCAUCGGAUGAGGAGCAGUCACCAUCCCAGCUCAAUGAAAUCCAGGCACAGCUACAAGCAAUGGCAGCCAUGUUCGACCAAGAGCGCGCCAACACAGAAGCGCAAAUGGCAGCAGAGAAGACCGAGCGCAAAAAGUACGAGGACAAGGUGCUACAGCUGGAAGAGAACCUCGAAGAGUCCAAGCGGCUGGCCAAGGAGCAGAAGAGGGAGGCAGGUCGACGGAGAACCAUCUUUGAUGAUGAGAUGCUACAGCUGAGACAGGCUCAUGCUAGGGAGAAGAAGAUGUGGGAGGAGGAUCUGGAGAGGGAGCGGUCAAUGAUCAAGGCGCUCAAAGAUUCGAUGGCCAAUAGCUCCACAGCUCAUCUUACAUUGGAGGCCAACAAUUCGGCCCUGCGGACAGAGCUACAGUCUACCCAAGAUCAGCUCAAGGCGAAAGAGGCCAUGAUCGUGGAGAUGGAGGCAACGCUCGCCGCUCAGCGUGCAGCGGUGGUAGAGAUCGAGAACGAGCUACGAGAGGCAGAGUCCCUGCGAAGGAAGCUACACAACGAGAUCCAAGAGCUGCGCGGUAAUAUUCGAGUCUUUGCUCGUAUCCGUCCUGCUCUUCCUUCUCAGAAUGCGGGCGCUCUUGCAACCAUCAAGCUGCCGAAUCCGAGGGAGGCAAAGGAGAUUGAGGUGUUGAGCGCUGGAGAGUCGGCGACGGGGACGGCUACUAUGAAGUCCUUUGGCUUCUCUUUCGACAGAGUCUUUGGCCCCGAAGCUAGUCAGCGAGACGUAUUCGGUGAAGUGGAGCACUUGAUGCAGAGCGUAUUGGACGGCUACAACACUUGCAUCUUUGCCUACGGCCAAACGGGUUCCGGUAAGACUCACACGCUAGAAGGUUCAGGUCUACCCGACUCCAACUUCAAUGGAUCCGAUCUCACGCCGACGGCCGACAGUGGCGCAGGUCUGAUUCCGCGUGCGGUACAGAUGCUCUUUGCGACUGCCGAGAGCCUCAAGGACAAGGGAUGGACGUACGACUUUGAAGGUGGCAUGCUAGAGAUCUACAAUGAGACCAUUCAUGAUCUUCUCGGUAAAGGUUCUCUCGAGUCUGCAAUCAAACACGAGGUCAAGCACGAGAAGGGCCGCACGACAGUCUCGGACGCCGUUGUUCUCCCUCUCACCUCUCCCUCGCAAGUCUUUUCGCUCCUCUCCAAAGCCUCAUCUAAGCGUUCCGUAGCAGCAACACUGAUGAACGAGCGUUCCUCCCGUUCGCACUCUGUCUUCACUCUUCGGGUAAGGGGCUCCAACGCCUCGACGAUGGAGAGCUGUGAUGCCACUCUCAGCCUGGUUGAUCUAGCGGGUAGCGAGCGUCUAGCCAAUAGUGGUAGCGGCGACGAUGCCAAGCGUUUCAAGGAAGCAGUGAGCAUCAACAAGUCUCUAAGCUCCCUCUCAGAUGUCAUCUCUGCCCUCGGUGCAGGAAAAGCCGCCACUCAUGUUCCAUACAGGAACUCGACGCUGACUUGGCUUCUCAAGAAUUCCUUGGGAGGGAAUAGCAAGACGCUCAUGCUCCUCGCUCUUUCCCCUAUGGCGGAACACCUGGGAGAAAGUCUUUGCAGCUUGCGCUUUGCUAGUAAAGUCAAUUCGACGGUCAUUGGUACUGCGAAGAAGGUCAAGGCUGGAGGGGAGUAGAGAGCAGAAGAGGGUGGGCAGGUCCAUAAAUGGCGGGCACCCACGGAUUUUUCUCAUCUCCUUCGUCUUCAUUCAUUACCAACCCCGCCUCACUUCUUUUCCUCUUUUCUUUCUUUGUUGUUGGUCACUUUUCUCUCCGUAAUGGUUCCUGACUGCUUCUAUAUCCAUCUCUUCACUGGCAUUGUUAUCACGGCAUGCUCUAUGCUCAUCGCCACGCACGCAUGACUCGUAGGACGGGGUAUACAUUUGAGGACGAUGCAGACAUACUGUAGGGAAGCAGGUGAAGGCAACACGUCGGAGAAGAAAGGUGGAGAGGAGCUGGGAAGGACAUCUGUUCUUACGGCCAGUGCGCAAGUGAAGCCCCUCGCCGGGUACUGCGCAAUCACAGAGCAGGCUGCCAGCC